AUGCAGAUGUCUUCACGGGCCGUGGUUGUGCUCGCUUUGCUUGGCCGUGUGUGUGCUGGAGAGGCGGCCGCGGCAUGUGCCACAGCCAGCAUCGAUGGUUGCAGUUCCGCGAAGACGGACGAGACCGCUUUGCUGCAGCUGGACUCCGGUGACAUUUCGGCUUCGAAGCAGGGCUUGAACAAGCCUCGUCGAUGGCGUCGUCGCCGUGGACGUGGUAAGAAUGGAGCCUACUCAUACACAUAUGGUAAGUAUGGUUACAAGGCAAAAAGCACAACCACGUCCACUACUGCCGAUGCCGUCACACUGCCCAGUCUUUGCAACUAUGUGAUCGAGAUCAGCCGCAGCGACCAAGGUGCCAAUACACCGUGGCUAAAUCGAACAGCGACUGGGCCCCCCGGGGCGACCUUCGAGACCGGACGCGACUUCGAGGAUUUCUGCUCCACUACCGCAAAUGGGGCCGGCUUCUGCGACGACACCCACAACAUCACAGCCAUUCGCGUCAUCAAGAACAGCACGGGUGACAUUGUGGGCACCGGCGUUUGCUGCAACUUUGUCACGAACCACAUCGUGCGGGUGAUCAGCGACUGUGGCCCGACCAUGCCGGGGCCACCUGUUUGCACUUACACGGUCGGCAUCGCCCGCAGCGAUUUCCCCCGCGUUGUUAACUUCAAUCAAAAGGUAGCCGGCCCGCCGGGCGACAGCUUCACCUUUGACGGCACGUGUUCCACGACCCUCCCGGGCGGUCCAGACUGUGUCAACAAGCAUAACGUGGCAGCAGGAGUGCGAAUCUUGAAGAACAGCCAAAACGAAAGUGUGAGUUCUGGCCACUGCUGCAACAGUAUUGAAAGCUCAGUCCUGACGGUCACAAACGACUGUGACGAGUGA